AUGAGUGUUGGAGUAAAUCAUGCUGCCCUUGACAGCGAAAGAAAACACCAAGAGGACCUACUUAGUGAACUCCGCGAACUCGAGGAAGAAACCUCUUCCCCCCUGCUCAACAAUACGCAAUUACCGCAGUUAGCAUCCAGUGUUGGUGCUGACCUCGAGUUAAACACAAAAUGCCUAAAAUACCUGACAGAUAUUUCAGACCUGGAGCGCUACAUAACGGAUGUCGCAGCCCAAUUUGCCGAACGAUCAGUCGAAUUGAGUAAACCCAAUUCCGUAAACUCAGCUGUUUACACAUACAAGACACUGACAGACAACGUUGAAAGCUGUUGGGACUACGUGGACCAGCUAGCGUCCCUUACGCAAAUUCAUCUGAAAUCGGCAGCGCAGUAUCAUCAAUUCUUCCACGAAGCUAAUGAGCUUGAGUCGAAGAUGGAGAGACAGAUAAUCAUCGCUGAUAAUCGCUCUGUGUUGAACCCCGGACGACAGAUGUACAAGGAGACCUCAAAACUAGCCAACGAAAUAAGGGAACAACUUGACGUCAUGCGCAGUCUGUGGGACAGAAGUAAGACUCUGGUCGAACGCAGUAGCCACAUUGUGCCAAUGCGUCUCCGCCUCGGUGGAGUGGCCAAAGGCAUGGUUGUAGACACCGAGACCGAACGACCAGUUAUGGUGAGGGCUUUGACGGGCCUCGUUGGCCCCAACUACAGCAUUCAGCAGGGUGAGCAUCUUCGCCUGAUAGACAAUCGAGAAGACAUGCGGCUCUGGAGGGUGCAGACCUCCACUGGCAUUGCUGAAGUACCCUCUGUCUGCUUCUGGUUGACCGGAAAUGACAGUGAAGCCACAAACCGAGCCAUUGCAAUCAAAGAGAAGUGUAGAGCUGUUUGGCUUGAUCUUCUGGAGCGUGACCGACAACUUUUGUACGAUAACUUCACAGUGAUCAUGACACAACUGGCUUCAGAGGAGCAUCUCUAUUGUUUCAAUUAUGAUGUUCUGAACGAGCUUCUGCCAGAUAUGAGGAUCCUUCUACCAAACUCUGGUCUAAAUGACGGGCGACUCCAAGCUGCCGUUGACAAGUUUCAAAGAAAAGUAAUCGUGAAAGAUGCAGGGGAACGGAUCCCUACCUCAGGACUCGUUCUACAAGAAGCGGAUCUUGUCCGAAUGCGGGCACCUCUGUUACGUCUACAGGACCAUCUCGAAGGCGUCGGUAAAAUGGAAGCGGAAUUGAGAACCAUUGACGAGCGCAUUGCAGGAUAUCUGAGUGAAGUGGAUAAUGAGAGAGAACAGGUUUACAAUAGCAUUGAACUGCUAGAGUUCCUAAUGGAGAAGAGUCAAACUCAGCUGAAAGAUAUCAUAGACGAACUGGGUCAGUGGAGAAGAGCUUCGCCCGUCCAGGAAAUGCGAAUGGAGUACAUCAGGGCCUCGAAGACGAAGCAUCACACGGAAUACUAUCCAGAACUAGCUGAAACUCUGCAGUCUCCACUGGGACGCUUCCGAAGUCGCAGUCAGCCCGGCACGGCAAAGGAUCCGCCUCGGGGUCGGCAAAAAAGUCCAGGCACCCUGAAAGACAGCGAUUAUCGCAGAACGCGAAGCGCUCUCAGUAAAAUGGACACAAUUACACAGAUUGGGUAUCACAGCCAACAGGAUGUAUGUCCAUGUCAAAGAACACCCCGGGAAGACAGCCGCUUAGGUCAGGCCAACACAACCAAACGCAGCAGAGAAUUCGGCAGCCAGGUGGACAAUGCAAUGCUUCGAACUCUAGAUGCAAACCCGACUGCCCAAAUCAGUCCUGAGGGGGCAAACGUGGUUCAAGCCCCGCUCCUCGAUGAUGGUCGACCUCGUGCAGAAAUUCAUAAGGCUGGCACACAGGUCAGUACACUGGUAAGCCGUGAACACCUCACAGAGUUCGCAGCUGAGUCGAACCGAACACAGGCCGGACAAAAAUCUAUGCACUCGAAAAUGCAGAGUUGGCUGCAGUGUUCCAUCAUAGCCUCUGAAAAGUCAUCUCUCACUGAUGCAGUCGAGUCCAAGAGCGAGAUGGUUAAUAAGAAAUUCCAAGCAGUGAUGCCCGCGAUUAACACGGAGAUUCAAGUGGGCAGACGCUACAGCAGCAACGCGGCACAGACUAUCGAAAUUAAGGAGGCGCAGGAAGCUGUGAUGAGACCGACAUCAGCCAUGGAAAGCGAGAUCACAAUGAGAGAACUGUCAGAGGUGAUCUCGACUGGAACUCAAGCGGCCACGGUUUAUCACGGCAAAAACCUGCAAGUUUCGGUGCCGCAGGGGUUGAGCGUAAUAGCGGCGAGGUCGGCAAAGCGACAAAACAAAAGGGUACAGGUGGUCCCAGAGACGCGGCCGGAACAGAUUGACACAACGCUCAUGAUAAUGGAGACUGGCUGCGAAUGCCAAACAGACAAGAGAGCAACCCUCACCUCAAAGGCUGAAACAGAGAAGACAAGCAGAACUCCGGUGUCAGUGACGGAGACAGAAAAUAGAAGUUCCUAUGCGACUACGCGAGAAGGAGGCCUUGAGGAGUUAAGAACGUCCGAUGCUACCCGUGGACAUGUCACGGUCUCUGACGGUUGUGGCGUUACGCUGGUUGCCUCGGCCGUUUCCAAUUCUCUCACGCAAUAUGACCCUAUCCGUAGUGGUGACAUGGUAUGUGAGGGUUGUGGAGCUAGAGUUGUUGUCUCGGACGAUAGCUAU